AUCGAUGCGCUCGCCCUACGAGUGUGCGCCAGUGACCGACCGUUUACAACGCGAUAAGUGUCGCGGCUCUGUGAACGGUAAGCUCGGUGUCAUUUUAGAAGAUCGUUGGUGUGUUGUUACGUUUUUUCACGACAACCAGCAAACGUCAAAGAGAUCGCGAUGUUAGAAUGAGGCAGACGACCAGGACGGACAGCAACUGUCAGGAAGAUGCCGGUAGUACACCACUUACACAGGGGAAAUGCAGGCCAGCUGGACGGUGUCGCAUCGUAAUCAAGGAACUACCGUUCCCAUGCUUGGCAGUGGCUUUCCUGGGACCAUUUUAGAACCUCUCGAAGAUGGGUUCUCGAAGGAGCGGAUCAGGAGGGAGCCGUGCGAACGCCGGUGUCCUGAAGGAACGGGCGAACAUGUCGUUUAUGCUUGUGGUCAUGUUCUUCGCCGUGUUCGGCUUGAUCGUCCUUACGGAAAUAUUCCUGAUCGACGAGAGGCGUGGCGUGGGUGUAGGUGGCACAGGAGCUCUAGGAGGUCACAGAAGCGGACAUCGAUUGCCGGCUGCGCCCGAUCGUCCAGAUUACGGGGAAAUCGGAGCUGAAGAUUACAUCGGGCUGAAGGGUAGUUUCGACGAUCAUAUCGGAUUAUUGGUGCGCGGGGAAGAUGGAGGGCAGAAGACCGCGAUGCAACCAGAUCCCCGAGGUUUACCAAGCUUACCACCGAACCUAGAAGCUCGUCUGCCACAACUUGAUCAGAGCUUGAGGAUCACGCACGCUGAAUGGCUACCAGUCACGAAAACCAGAUUCAAAUUCUUUGUAUACUCGGCGUACUUUGACGACAGAGUCGGUGGUACACCGUCAGGCAAAAAUCAGGGUAUGGUACGGAUAAUCAGCGCAACGAAGACUAGAGGACCAGAACGCGUUUGGUGUAGACUUUGGUAUCGGACGGAGAAUGGAGAAAAUGUCACUGCUUCCGUGACGGUGGCCGCUAAAGUGAAGGUGAUCAGAGAAAAUUGGAAUUUGAAGUACAGCGCCUGCUUCGUGAUUUGCCCGUUGCCUAAAGAAUCGCCCACGGCCGACAGAGUACCGGAAACAGUAAGUGUCGUGGCAAGACUGAAAGCAGCCCCGACUAAUCGUAUCCUCGUUCAGAAUCGUCCAGAAACUAGGACCAAGGAUAAAGAAUCAUUGGCUAUUUGCGUGAAGCCUCUCCACUACGAUUACAAUAGAGUGCUGCAGCUGGUAGAGUUCAUCGAGUUACAUAGACUGUUAGGUGCCAGCCAUGUGACUCUGUACAAUGACACGGUUGGUACAGAGGCCGGAUGCGCGCUGAAAUACUACGAGACGAAAGGUUUAGUUACCGUCUUACCCUGGCAUCAUUUAGACAUGAUUUCCCAGCGAGAGAUUCGUACGGAAGGAUUGUUCGCUGCCCUGAACGAUUGUCUUUAUCGAUCAAUGUACAAAUACGAGUACGUUGCGCUGGUAGAUCUUGACGAGUUUAUCGUUCCCAGGCACAACGACACCAUCAUCGAUCUCAUAAAGUGGAUGAGCAAUCAUAUAAAUACCAAAUCCACGGGAGCGUAUUCUUUUCAAAAUGCUUUCUUUUACCUGCAGUGGGCGGACGAUCCGUUCGUGUCUGUAAGUCGAACCCCGGUCGAGGCUGGUUUGAUCACGUUGAGGAAGACAAGGCGCAGAACGAAACUGCAUCCGCACAAACAGCGCUCGAAAUACGUAUGCAAGCCUCAGGACGUUGUCGAGGCGGGUAAUCAUUUCGUUUGGGAGUUCAUCCCCGGCCACGGAACAUUGAACGUGCCUUCGGACGCUGCGAUUUUACAUCAUUACCGGGUCUGUGAGUUUGGCGGGGACGACUGUAUAAAGACUCAAUCGGUAGUCGAUAGGACGGCCUACAAAUACAAAGAUAGAUUAGCCGAUAACGUUGGUAAAACCUGGACGGAUCUGAACGGCGAGUGUUUCUUACCGAAAUUAGAACCGAUACCGGCCAUGACACCGCGGAUUAAACCGAACCCUGUAUCGAAGUCGAUCAGGUAGCGAAAAACCGUGCUCGAUAUUCUAUGGGAUAUUGGUAAUUUUACUGGUACGCCGAAAGUGGCGAGAACCUAUUUCUACAACUAUGGUGGCCCAUAGGUUGUAAUCGCCCUCGUAGCUGUGUUUCCAAGCCUAAACUUGUCACAGACUGUUGGCAGAGGGCUGCUCAUCGAAAUCCUGACGAAUACUAUUUUUCUACGUGAGAUGGUGGACUCAUGACCGGCCAGAAAAGUAGGGAAUAAACUUUCCGGAUCGAUCUCCUGCAUCUCUUACUGCUAUAUGGUGCUUUAUUCAUCUUUUUAUACAUACAUACAUUUACUUGAGAGUUUAUUUUCGUUUGAUCUAGACAUUCUAGACUAUCUAGAGGGACGUGUUUGCUCCUGCCAGGUGAGGGUGAAGAUCAAAGCCAGAACUAUAUACAAUACCAUAUGUAUAAGACAGAUUAUUAUUCACCGACACAAUUCAAAAGUAUACCGAUUGACAAUGUUGAGGAUUCUUUCAGACUAACCCCACCGAUGCAUGCACCCUUUGCAACAGUUUUACAAAAUUCGAAUCAGGAGAUGAAGAAGACCUUCUGCUGUCUGUGUAUUCGAAUCUUCACUCUUGUCUGGUACAUACGCCGCUUGCAACGUAGACUUCUCUUGAUUAAGAUAAGAUCCAAGGCAACCCUUGCACUUGAUCCUUGACCAAGAGAUGCCUAGAUUGCAGACGGAUGUACAAGUUGUUAUGUAGGGCCUACGCUCCGGUCUAUAUUGGUGGCUCUAACGUGUGGAACUCGAUAUUACAUUCUUCUCUUGUUGAUACCUUGUUGAUAUGGUACAUUUCUUUUCGACACCUAUAAAUCCGCACAACGUAUAAAGAGAAAAAUAAAACGUACGCAUAUCUAUAGGAUGAAUACCUAGUCGUAGUUUAUGUAUGUAUAAAUAUAUAUCUAGAACAACUAGUAUUUAAUCUAUAGCAAAUGCAUAGCAACGUGUAAUGUUUUUAAAACGCCGUUUACACGUAGUGAUUUCAAUCUGACCAAUUAAUUUUAUGUUCCAACUUGUUCAUUUUGAGAUUCGUCGUAAAGGAACCUCCAAUAACACCAGAGCAAAUCUCGAUGAAUGUUGUUAUUACGGAGAAAGAAAAGAAAAUUAUUGCAUUCCCGGUGAUAAAGAGAGGAAUAAAAAAAAAAUGGAGAAGAGAAGAGAAGAGAAGAGAAGAGAAACGAAGGGAGGAGCAGUUUUGUCAGCUAAAUGAAACUUAACAAGUUUUUCAGCGUAUGACAAUGAAAUGCUACAAACUAUUUCUAUUUCUAUUUCUUUCAUAAGGUCACAUUUUUUACGCGCACAUACAUUUAUGUAUAUAUGUGUAUACACGAGAAACGUGUAUGUGUUAUUUACGUACACGGUAUGUAGGAUAGGUGAAUCCAUAUAUACGUGUGAUCGGUGCUGAACCAGAUACGACAUGCCGCGCCGUGUUGGUCGUGUUGGUCGUCUUGGACAAGUGAAUAAAUAUUAUACGAUGACAA